AUGCGGCGCUCGGAGCACACGGGGGCGGGCCUGGGGGGGCGCUUCCCCACACUCUGCUGUCAGUUCAGCGAGGGGAGGUUGCCAGCCUGCGAUGACAGCCGGGAGAGAGGAAGCGGCAGGGAGCAGGCUGGUGUGAAGAAGUUAGCUGUUUACAACAAGAUGCAAGAAUCCCUGGAGGUGACACUUCCCAGCAAACAGGAGGAGGAUGAGAAAGACCAGCCCGCUGAGAUGGAAUACCUUAACUCUCGCUGUGUCCUUUUCACUUACUUCCAGGGAGACAUUGGGUCAGUAGUGGAUGAACACUUCUCAAGAGCUUUGAGCCAAGCCAGCAGCUUCAACCCAGAAAUUGCCCUUUCAAAAAGCAAGGCAGGGCUGAGUUCUCUGUGGAGAGAGAGCUCAACAAUUUCAAGUCAACGGAGCAGUUUUCCAGCUUCAUUUUGGACCAGCUCUUAUCAACCUCCACCUCCGCCAUGCUUGAGUGGAGUCCACCCUGACUUCCCAGUCACUGCACCAGGCACCUUCCCGACAGCAGAUCCUAGCAGCUGGCCAGGACACAGCCUUCAUCAGACUGCCCCACCUCCUCCCUCUACCGCAUCAGAAUCUUGGCAUUAUCCGUUAGCAUCUCAGGUUAGCCCUUCAUAUGCGCACAUGCAUGAUGUGUACAUGCAUCACCAUCACCCCCAUCCACAUGUGCAUCAUCACCACCCCAGCUCUCACCUUGACCCCCGGUAUGGAUCCCUAUUGAUGCCUUCAGUACGUGCAGCCAGGAUUCCUGCUCCACAGUGUGAUAUGACAAAGACAGACCCUACUACUGUCGCCAGUGCUACCUCAGCAUGGGCUGGAGCCUUUCAUGGAACAGUGGACAUUGUGCCAAGCUUCGGGUUUGACACGGGUCUACAGCACCAGGAUAAGAGCAAGGAAUCUUCUUGGUUCUGAACAUCGGAUGCAUCUUAGCACCAGCAAGUGUCCCCAUAGCUGGGAGGAUGAUAUUGAAACUCAUGACUGAUCUGCAGGGGGGUAGAGGACACACUGCUGAGGAGAAGUUGAAGAGCCAGUCAUUCUGGUUUUGCUAUUGAGCCUUUCCUUUGGCAGGCCACUUCUGGAUCCCAAAACAUAGAAGAAAAACACUUCUUUUUCUCUUUCCUCAUCUGAGCCUGCUGCAGCUGUGCAACGUAACUCCAUUUUGCUUCUUUAACAGUGUUUUGUUUUGUUCAUUUUUGGUGGGGUUUUGUGCACA